AACUUUAACACAUAUAUACAAACAGUUUGAACACAGAGAGAGAAAGAGAGAGAGAGAGUGUGUAUGUGCGUGUGUGUUAGGGUUUCUAUUACGGAGUGUUUGGGAGCUGCAUAGGAGGUUUCUCGGGGCCUAGAAAGUCCGAGAAAAUGGCGAGAAACGGAGAGGAAGAGAACCCGCAGAGAGGUAACUCUGGUUCUGCAACCGCCGCCGUCGGGGUUAGAGCCAGAGCCGACCCUUUCCUGGUCGUUUGCCGAUGCUUCAGCUUCAUCACAGCAGUGGCUGCCAUUCUUUGCAUUGCUGUCAAUAUUCUUUCUGCCGUUCGAUCUUUCAAGAACGGAUCCGAUAUAUUUGAUGGCAUAUUUCGGUGCUAUGCGGUUGUGAUUGCACUCUUCGUUGUGGUUGCCGAGACAGAAUGGGUAUUCAUCAUGAAGUUCUGGAAGGUGUUGGAGUAUUGGGCUUGUAGGGGUAUGCUGCAGAUCUUCGUUGCAGUGAUGACAAGAGCUUACCCUGAGGACUCUGGGGAGCGGGAGCAGCUUAUUCUUCUCCAAAACAUAUCAUGUUACAUGCUUCUUUCUUGUGGUGUUGUUUACAUUAUUUCGGGAAUUUUAUGCAUUGGCCAUUUCAAACGUGCUCGCCAGAAGAAAGAAGUUUCAAGGGACCAAGCUGUUAGGGAUCUGCAGGAAUUGGAGCGUCGUAGAGAGGAACUUGAAGCUUUGUUGUUAAUUGACGAAAGAGUUUGAGACUCGAGACUAGGGUUAACCCAGAAGACUUUCUAGUGUCAAGCUUGAACUAGAAGCUAGAAAAGUGAGUUUUUCACUGCGGCCUGGAAAUUCUUGUUUGUAUAUUUCGUCGUUUGUUCUAAUAGAGUGUUGUUUUCUUUCUGGGACCUGUUCUUUGUAAAAUUGUAGUUAGAUUUUUGUGAAAUAAACUAAUGUUGUGUUUGGAUUUAUAAAUUAUAAAGGAAAGGUGUUGACAUUAUUUAUUCAA